UUGUUGGCGUCGGUUCGUGAAGCAUUUGAUGCGCAAUUAUUGGAACUUGAAGGAGGAGUUGAUAGAGAAGCUGCAGCGAAAACUGGAGGUGUUAAACUGGCUUCUGAUGUAAGUUUAGGGGGAAAAUCUAACAUUUCCUUGAAAUUUCAGAUUUUUAGCUAGUUUCUAAAUGACUUUCUAAAUGGCUUCUGUAAUUUUCGAAAAAAUUCUGAUUUUCUGCUCAAAAUAUUUUUAAUUCUCAGUUUGAAGCGAAAAAUCAAGGAUUUUCAAGUUACAUAAUCGAAAAUAUAAGCCGAAUUCUAGUUUUGCUCAAAUUUUCGCUCGAAAAAAUAAUAUAUGUGCUAUAAAAUAAUGAUUUUGUUAAAUUUUUCUUCAUUUUGGAUAAAAGUGGGCCUGAUGGUGCUUGGGGUGAUGAUGAAAAUCUAGAUUUUUUCAAACUUCCACUUGACAUUUCACCUCAAAAAUUUCAAUUUUUACAGGAUGUUGAUGGUGGGGGCUGAUGAUGCUUGGGGUGAUGAUUAGUAUUUGAUUGGCGAAAACGGAGAGUCUGAAUUUGAUAAAGGUGAAGGUGGAAAUGGUGGAAUUAGCGAGGAUGACGAAGAAGGCAGUUGGGAUGUUGAUGAUGAUUUGGCAAUUCUUGAUAUCACUGAAGAUGGCAUUGGAAACGGCGAGGAAGAAGAUGAAGAAGUUGUCCCAAAUGCCGCUCCAACAGUUUCUUCCGAAUGGCUAAAUAUGUUUUUGCGCGAGUUUAUGGAACUUCGAGAUUAUCACAUUGUGGAUGGGGAGGAUUGGGACCAGUUGGACCGAUUUAUAUUCAUCAUUCGAUUCGAAAUUAUCAAGAGGAGAAGAAUCCAUUAUCAGUUGUUGCGAUCAAAUUGUCAAUUUUGGCAAAGAAAUUGCAAAAGUCUUAUAAUUUGACAACUUCUCGAAAAUUCGGAGAUGCGAUUGUAAAAUUGCGAGAAUCUCAUCUUGCUAUCUGUUCCACUUUUGAGCCCUGCCCAUAUUAUAUGCAUAUUCCGACGCAGGUGAGUUUUAAUUGAUAGUUAAUUAUUAGUUUAUCGAAUUUUAUUUCAGUUUUCUCAUUUGUCAAAUGUUCUACCGGAAGAGCAAGAAGAGAUGGUUUUCACCGAGUUGAAGCUUUUCCUUCUCGGAGAUCCUCUCGAGAAGAAUUUUUCUUGGAAAAAAAGAGUAAAAUAA